UUAUAUAAUGGAACCUUUCCGUCUCCACCUACUUAUCCAAUCCAACCAAAACCAUAGAACAAUCAGCUUUUAGUCUCUCAAAUGUCUCACGAAAUUGUCCCCGUUGAUCCCACCGAUGUUUUUGUUGAUAUGGAUCCCAUCUUCCCCGAAGAUUCGCCAACCAUCCGCCGGUCCAUGAGAUCCGUCACUUCUCAGGAACAAUAUGUGUGGGUACCCUAUGACAGCGAGAAGCUUCCCGAGACGUUAGCCUCAGGGAUUCAAAGGUUUCUUCGUGUAGCUAACUUGGUUGAGUCUGAAGAACCUCGUGUUGCUUAUCUUUGUCGUUUUUAUACGUUUGAGGUAGCUCACCGAAUUGAUGCCAGGUCCUCUGGAAGAGGUGUAAGACAGUUCAAAACUUCUCUUCUUCGAAGGCUUGAGAAGGAUGACGAGUUAACUAUGAGAAUAAGAAAGGAUAGGAAUGAUAUUAAGGAACUCAAACGUGUUUAUGAUGCUUACUUGGAAUACAUUAUCACACAUGGUCAUUUGGAUAACAGUCAGCCAGAGAAGUUGAUAAACGCACGCACAGUUGCGUCCGUUUUGUAUGAAGUUCUCAAGGCAGCCGACACUAGUGGCGCUUACGUCUCACUCUCAGCCCCGGAAAGUAUACUAUUAAACCGGGAUGAGGAGACUGGUGAACUACAUGACAUGGUCAUCUCAAUAGAGGAAGAGGAAACCCACAAGAGAAUUUUGGAUGAGACCUUUGUCGACGAAAAAGCCCUGAAGGAUGAUAGACAAACUCACUUGUCUCAAGGCGAUGACUCCAUCCAGUCAAACCAUCUCACCCAAACUGACAUAAAUGCCAUCCACAAAGAGGAAGUUCAAAUAAAGGAAGACAGAAGGUUUGCAAAUGGGUCAAUGGUGGACGGUGUCAGACCGAGUUCCGCAGUUCCAUCUUUGUCAAACGAAGAUAAAUAUCUUGAGACACAAGAAAAAUUGAACAAGGUGGAGAAGAAGAUUAAGGAGAUGGAGCUGAAACUCAAGGAUGUCGACUUCUGGACUAACAUGAUGCAAAACAUGUUUCCAGACCAAGUACCUCCGUCCAUGAGAGCGAACCAAACCGAGAACAACAAACAACANUCAGAC